AUGUCAAGAUUAUUCAAGCCUACAGAACAGCGAAAAUUUUCCAACAUAACGCCUGGUCAAGCAUAGGUCGUAACCCUACACCCCCACCCCCCUAAAGGUGGUACCCCAUCCCCCCACCCCCCUAAAAGUGGUACCCCACCCCCCCCCUAAAAAAUGGUACCCCCCCCCCCCUAAAAAAUGGUACCCCCCCCCCCCCCCUAAAAAAAUGGCACCCCCUCCCCCUUUCAUAGAUGGCGCCCCCACCCCCCCCUUAAUAUAGCAUAAAUAUAUGACAAAUGCCAAUUUAGAUUUAUAGCUCAAUCGAUGAAGGAGUAGGUGGAACUGGGUGAGAAUUUCCUAUAACUACUAAGCACACUACAUAUGAAAAAAUUUGUUAGCAAGCAUAAUAAUGAUCUUUGGUAUUAAUUAGCAAUAUAUCUUGCAUAUAUUUAUAGAAAUUUCCCAUAGAUGGCGCUGUUUGCCCUUGAUUUGCCCAUGAAGAAAAUUUUUUGGUUUGACCAAACCAUAUGGUACUGGUCGAGCUAAAAAAUUUCCCCAGUGGGCAAAUCAAGGGCAAACAGCGCCAUCUAUGGGAAAAUUCUAUAUGAACUUUGUGGAACAAUGGCUAAAAGUCGAAUUAGAGAUCAAAAAGUAAAACUGACAAUAGCAAAUACUAUUUUUAUUAGCACUAUUGAAUCCUGUUACCAAUUCAGUCCUGCAAUCCUUGUACAAUUGUCAUCAGAUUAGCUUUAAUUUAUGAAUCAAUAAAUUUAAUGCAAGUUAUUGUAUUGUGCUUGGCUAGUUUAAUAAUUAAUGCCAUUAUCUAUAUCUUUGGCAUUAUAACUUAUAACUUAUAACUUAACUUUUACCGCUUCCUAAUGAAGCAUUUCUCUCUUUUUAUUCAAAAAUUCUUCACCAUCAUUAACUUCUUCGCCAUCACCAUCUUCAACUACAACAGUAGCAUCGUCAAAAAACCACAACAUCAACAGCAACACAACAAAAUAAAAAAAAUUCAGCAUCAAUAACAAGUAUUACAAACUCCAUCAAACCUCAUCUUCAUCUUCAGAUGCUCCAUGCAAAAUCCACAAAACUCCAUUUGCUAAUGUAGCACCAGCUCGAACCUCCGAAGCCAGCCAUCAACAUACAGAACCAACAUUUGUGAAUUCUCUAUGUACCCAAGCAUCUCUGCAUGAAAUCAAGCAUCACGAUAAUUCCCUCCGUCUUUGGCACUUUCGCGCCAUUUUGUGCUGGAUUAAAGAAUUAUAUCUUUGGCAUUAUAUUUAUAAAUAUAAAAAUAUAUUUUCUAAUUAAUUGCUAAUUAAUUUAAAUUUAUUAAUUAAUCAUAAAUAUAAAGUAAUUUGUGGAUUUAAUUUAACAAUAUAGUGUUUUAAUUGGGUUAUAUUUAAUUUAUUCUGCUUAUUUCCUAUCAAUUACUUCUAUAGGAUAAACCCGAGAGGGGGUGGGGGUGCCAUCUGUAAAAGGGGGUGGAGGUACCAUUUUUAGGGGGGUGGGGUUUCCCUUAUUGAGGGGGUGGGGAUGUCUGGUUGCUACCUAUGCUUGACCAUAGCGCCUUUGAGUACUACAUCUACCUCUCAAGCCCCUUCAUCUCCUUCUUCCCUAUUCCUUUCUCCAAGCGUCUCUCGAAUUCACCAUCUUGGUCAUCAUUCUUCAAGUUCUUUAAGUAUGGGCAAUUCCACUCUUCCUGCGAAAGGUUCUGAAACUUAUGAUUCUCCCCGUUCUUAUAAGGAUAGCACAAUGCUUUCAAAAACAGUCAAUGACUUAAAAUUUGAACUUAAAGCUAAAGAAUGUAUAAUAAAAGAGCUUAGAGAUUCCCUGUCACAAACAGAGCAUAAACACGAGCUGCUGAAGCUAAAAAUAAGACUUCUGAAAAAAGAAAAUAAACAGUUAAAAACUGAUUGUAGGGAUAAUUCAUUUGAAUUUCCAACUGGGACAAGCUUGUCUGACAAAUUGGAGCAAGAAGUGAUUAAAAGGAGAGAAGAUGUAAGGAAAUUAGAAAACCAACUAAAUGCUCAUGAAGAACAGACAAAAAGGAUCAUCAAAGAAAAAGACAAAAAAAUCAGAGAAUUAGAAGCUGAAAUCAGAAAAGGCGCAGAAAAAGAAGCAAUAGUACAAGAAGGAGGAAGCACUAGAUCUGAACUAUAUGGAAUCAUAAAGAAUUUUCAAAAAGAAAACAGUAAACUUCGAGAAAAAAUCCAGGAAUCCCCACAAAAAAACAUCAGAAAAGAGGAGCAUGCAUAUUUAGAAAGUCAAUUUAAAGAACUUGAAGCAAUGCAAGGGAAUUUAUUAUUGGAAAAUAAAGAACUCAAAGAAGAGUUAGAAUUCUUAAGGACAGGACGAGGAAAAACACUUAUUGAUUUUUCUAAAGAAAUCCAAAAUAUAAGGAAAAAUAUGCAUUUUAAGCUAAAUUAAGAGGUAAGCUUUUAGAAAAAAAAUAUUCUCCUGUCUCAUUUUAAUACAGAAUACCAAUCAAUUAUUGAUUUUACUACAAACCUGAAUAAGUGGCAAAGACAUUAGCCUAAAGCUUAUUUUCGGCUUCGAAGAAACCUGAAAAAAUAAAAAACUGACUGUAGAACAAAUAGAAGAAGAUUUUCAAUGCAUAAAUGCAGAUUUAGAAAAAAUUCGAACCAUCAUUGCCGAUUUUCAUGCUGAACAAUGCGGAAAUCAAGUAUGCGCCACUCAAUAA